AUGUCGGUGAGACUAAAGAACCAGGCCAGUUUUCUCCGCAUCGUCCCAGAGAAAGAAAGGGCCUUGUUGGAGCAGUUUCGGAACAACAUCCUCACCUCGAUCAUUGAAUCAGAAAAUUGCCAAACAGACUCCGAUAACAAACCGCAAAGAAGCGGCUGCUGCAGAUGCUCGCGUAAGAGAAACCAGCAGAAUAGCUCCAAGAAAACAUGCUCUUCUUGUCUGGAAAACCCUUGUUGCAAAAAAUUUCAGGAUUUCAUCUCUAGUAUCUACAACAUUGUCCAAUCCAAUGUUGGACUUUUGUUAUUUUUAAUCAUAUAUGCAUGCCUGGGCGCUCUUCUGUUCUCAUACUUGGAAUCAACUGAAGAUGCCAACAAGAGGAAUGAACUUUCACUGGCCAGACGAUGGUUUCUCACUAACAUGGAAAAUAUUUUUCACGCUGCAUCUACCUUGCUGAAGCAGUACGAAGAUUACGUCGGGAAGUUGCCGGCGCAGAUUACGAAGUACAGUACAAGUUCUGUCAUGAAGGAAUGGUCCUUUUUUGAGUCGCUGUUCUUCUGUGGCACUGUCGUCACUACAAUUGGAUACGGCAAUGUCACUCCAGUAACGAUGUACGGACGGAUUGCUACGAUGAUUUAUGGCUGCUUCGGGAUUCCACUCUGCUUAAUAUUCCUAUCUAAAACUGGAAAGAAUUUAACCAAGAUAAUAAAAUAUUUUUGGAAUGUCAAUGACGAGAUUGACGACGAGAUUGUUCUACCGUACGCCGUCGACGACAACUUCAACCUGCCACCAAUUGUGGCUCUGGCGAUUGCUUUUGUUUACAUAUUCUUCGGAGCGUUCAUCUACACUCGAUGGGAAAAUUGGGAUUAUUUGGAGUCCUUCUACUUCACCUUCAUAUCGCUCUCCACCAUUGGAUUUGGGGAUGUCACUCCAGAUCAUCCAAAGUUUUUCCUGGCAUCGUUCGUUUACAUAUUGAUGGGGCUGUCUCUUAUUGCUAUGGUCGGUUUGCCGAUUGGUUGGCUGAUUGGUUGGCACUGA